CCGGCCCCCGCCCACCGACCCUUAUAAAUGUCCUCCUACUUCAUUCCCCUUUUAAUUUGAACCCAAGGUCCUCCACGCAAGCAUCUCUCUUGUGCCUCCAAAAAGCCGAGUCUCCCUGCCAGGCCCAGCAAACAAGCACCACGAUGACGACCAGCUCCUCCUCCUUCCUCACCCUCUUCUCCAUCCUCCUCCUCGCCGUCGCCCCUUCCCUCGCCGCCGAUCCCGACAUGCUCCAAGACCUGUGCGUCGCCGAUCUCAACUCCGCCGUGAAGGUGAAUGGGUUCGUCUGCAAGGCGAACGUUACAGAGGAUGACUUUUUCUUCAAAGGAUUAAGCUCCCCUGGCGCCACCAACAACACCAUGGGAUCCCUGGUGACGGGGGCCAACGUGGAGAAGGUCCCGGGGCUCAACACCCUGGGCGUCUCCCUGUCCCGCAUCGACUACGCCCCCGGCGGGCUCAACCCUCCCCACACCCACCCCCGCGCCACCGAGAUGAUCUUCGUCCUCUACGGCACCCUCGACGUCGGCUUCAUCACCACCGCCAACAAGCUCAUCACCAAGACCAUCACCAAGGGCGAGGUCUUCGUCUUCCCUCGCGGCCUCGUCCACUUCCAGAAGAACAAUGCCGCUGCCCCCGCCGCAGUCAUCGCUGCCUUCAACAGCCAGCUCCCGGGCACCCAGUCCAUCGCCGUCACCUUGUUCGCCGCCUCCCCGCCGGUGCCCGACCACGUCCUCACCAAGGCCUUCCAGAUUGGCACCAAGGAGGUGCAGAAGAUCAAGUCCCGCCUCGCCCCCAAAACCAAGUGAGAGAGAGCGAAUGGCCUUGUAAAUGCAUCAUGACCGAUCAGUACUUUGUGUUUGGUCUUUUGCGUUUUUUUGGGGGUGCGCGCAAGAACUAAAAAUAAUUGGUUUGCGAGAGGCAGUUUGUUCGUUCUUCAUUCAAUCAUAUGGUCAUGAUGUUUCUUUACACCUCAA